AUGGCAAAGAACGUCAGUGAAGGCCCUGCAGUUGACCACACUACGGGAAAAGAUGACGGAUGGUUCGCUCACGCAACGUUUCCUGGGAUGCGAAAAUGGGCGAGACAGAACCCAGCAGUGCUGUCGACGGAAGCCAAGGGCCCGCUUUGCUUUACGGCCUGGCUACACAUAUCCGCCUUACGGCUUCCUUUAGUGCAGUUCAAGUCAACUGCCUAUAUCUAUCGGUUUUUUUGGGGGAAGAGCUCGGAGGAACGGAUCUUUUUACGAGGCCGAAUGAGUGAAGUCGGACUCUGGCAGAAAGUGGUCUACUACGACGAUCGUGAAAAUGACUUAAAGAUCGAACUUGAGUCGUCUUUUACUGACGGCACUGUGGCAGUCGACGACCUUUCCAUAACUCAAGGAAAAUGUCCAGAACCUUCAGAGGAAGGCUCCUGCACGUUUGAGAAUUCGAACUGCGGCUACACGAAUGACCCAGGAAACCAGAAGGGGCCAAAAUGGCAGCGACGACUUCCGUGGGUAAACAUCUGGGACUACCACGUAGUUGAUGACGAUCACACAACACAAACAGAGAACGACGAUGUCUGCAUAAUGCCCCUUGAGUGA